GUUUACUCAGUGGCAAGGUGCCCGCUCAUUGGUCAAUCGCCGUGAGAAACUUAACAGUAGUGAGAGAGGCGGGGCGCUCGAUCCGGGAACACGCAGUGUUCUUUUUCUCUAUGAUUGUCAGAUUGUAAAAAUGUUGUGAUCCGGAAUGUUAACAAACCAGAAUUAUAAACUGUAAACCUCAAUGUACGAGGUGGAUUAACUGUUAUUAGAACAUGGAAUUGCUGUGACCGGGGGAUCGUUUAUCAUUGUUAGAUAUGGGCGAGGAUCUAGUGUGGUGGAUCACAUUUAGUUUGACCCUAUUGAGUAAAGAUAUUUUCGCUCUGGAGCCGAAUUUUGAUGUCCCAGUUAUCAACAUUACAGUCGUAGUGGGUAAAACCGCCAUAUUGCCGUGUUCGGUUGAGUUUCUUGGGGAACAUAAGGUUGUUUGGACGGAUGAAUUUUCAACAUUAUUGACUUUUGACAUCAAUCGAAUCAUUGAUGACGAUAGAAUUGGCAUUGAUAGACCUUAUACCCGAGAUUGGAAUCUUUUAAUUCGUGACGUCAAAGUAAAGGAUAGAGGGCGCUACAUUUGUCAAAUCAACACACAUCCAAUCAAAACUAAGCCAGUGGAACUCAAUGUUUUAGUCCCUCCACAAAUACUAAACGAAAAUGAAGACGGAACAAGGAAAGAAAUCUUAUCAAAGGAAGGAGAGACUGUCAACGUAAUCUGCAACGUCUCGGGAAUUCCCGCGCCGAGCGUGAAAUGGUAUCGACGCCCUCUAGAGGACACAGUGGGAAGUAAAAAAGAAAGCAUAGUAACACCAGAGCUAGAUCAGCACGAAAGCGGCGAAAGAGAGCCAUGCAUUUACACGACCGAGAAACCAGGGAUUGGGAUGGAAGGGGAAAUUCUCGUUAUCCAUAACGUCAGUCGGUAUUGUGACGGAGUAUACCAGUGUGUAGCCUCCAAUGACGUACCUCCGGCUGUAGAAAUGGAGACCGCAGUGUUUGUAGAAUUUCAACCAGAAGUUAGUCUUAUAAAUAAACGUAUUUCCCAAGAGAAAGGGAAAGAGACAAUUCUAUUAUGUGAGAUCACAGCCUUCCCGCAGGCUCUGUCAUAUUGGAUGUUCCAGGGGCAGGAAAUCGCCAACUCCGAGCGACUAAAGGUGGACAUUUAUUCCGAAGGAAAGGCACAUACAAUCAAACUGAGCCUAAGAAUUACUAAUAUAUCGGACUCGGAUUUCGGGGAGUAUGAGUGUUUUGCGUCUAAUAAGUUCGGACGGGAUAGAGAGGCUAUGAUUUUGUACGAAUUUCGUCCACCGAAAGCUCCGAAACCAGAAAAGCCUGUUGUAAUUCAACCGACCACGAGAAGUCGCCACCAUGUGGCGCCACCGGUCACUUACAGACCAACACGUGUAAAAGAAGACGUGCGGAAACCAUAUACAGGAUUUGUUGGUGAAUAUCGACCAAGAAAAAACGGAUGUCAAUUUCUAAAUAUGAAUUUAACUGUGACUAUAAAAAUGGUAUUUUUUGUAUUACUGUUGAUUUCAUAGUUGGGGUGAUUUUGUUGCGUGACCAAGUGUAAAUGGCGCCCGAAAGAACGAGAGUUGAAUGGUGUCUAAACAAAUAUCAUUCAUUCAUCAUCAUAAGUAAUUUAUAUCUUGUGUUACAAGCAUUCCACGUGAUUUUGAAGUUUGUUUCUAUUUUUAGUGACAUGUGUUUUUAUGGUAUACUCAUUAUGUUAAUCGCAUCUCUUACUGUUGACUGUUACUAAUUAUAGAUUUGUAAUGAGUUAAUCCCCAUUUAUUAUUCAUACUCACAUGAAGUGCUACUAUAUUCAUGGAGCUUAAUUUAAGUUCAUAUUUAUAUUACUAAAAAAAUCGAAUGUUUCAUUAAAGACUGUUCAUUUUUAA